CUGUAUUUAAACAAGUUGCAUGUCAUUCAAGAUUAUUCGGCUUAAUAAUAUAAUUUUAUUGAUAUUGAUUUUACUGUUUCAGAGUUGACUUAAAAUGAGUGCAAAAAGAAUAUGUAUUGAGAAAGACCAAGCAAUCUCUGAUGAUGGUGACAAGGAUCAAAAAGUCGUCAUCAACUCACUGGACUACGACGUAUUAGCACAAAUCAUCAUGUUGUUGCCAUUACCAGGAAGGAUAGACAUGGAAGAAGUUUGUACCAAAUGGAAAGAGGCAUGUCGGCUAGCUUGGUAUGACGUUAAGAAAUACAAAUAUGGAUCAUCAAUUGGACAUUGUCAUGAUAAUCGUUCGUUGACACAACCAUACCCUAAAAAAAUAUUAUUAAGGUGUGGUAAUUAUUUAAAAGAAUUGUCUCUCUCAGAUGUUUAUGAUUCAAGUAUCAUGCCAUUUGUUGGUGAUCACUGUAAAAAUUUAACAAGUCUUGAAUGUAAAUUUGAUAAUGAUUCCCUGAUUAAUAAUGCUGAUCGCUUUGCUCAAGCAUUUACACAGUUGGAUAAAUUGAAAUGCAUCAAAAUAACAGUGGAUUUCAACAACUCGAAUGAGACGAUUAAUCUUUCUGCAAUAAUUGAUAGUCUCCCAGAAGAAAUUAAUGAAAUUAAGUUAUUUGGUGAACGAGGAUGGAAUCGAAAACGAAAAAUUUCCAUGAGUUUUAAAAAAUUUAAAAAUCUUCAAAAAUUGACAUUACAUCACAUCUGUUUAGACAAGAUAAACUUUCAAGAAAUAGCAGACAUAACAACACUUGUUAAUCUUAGCAUUGGAAUAUUUGAUAUACACACAGCCCUUUCUCUUUUUAAUAAAAUCGUUAAUUUGGAAUACAUUGAUCUAUCGAUGGAUUUUGAGUAUAGCUGUGUGUAUAACUUCUCUCCAAAAGUACUAAGUAUAAUGCCUCACUUAGCAAAUACAAUUGUUGAAUAUUGCAAGAAUUUGAAACAUUUUAGAAUAACUAGUAACAAAACAAUAGACACUGUUUUAAAAAAAUUGACAGAGUUGAAAAAUCUUGAAUGUUUAAUAUUGUAUGGUAACUUUCGUUUGCUCGAAGAGGAAUCAAUAAUCGCGAUUUCAAACAAUUGUAAAAAACUAAAACGUUUAGAAAUAGAUAAUUGUACGAUAAAUGAUGACGAGUCAGUAGCUUGUCCAUCUGCUCUUGAUGAGUUAUCAAAAUUACAAUAUCUUGAACAUCUACAUUUGGAUACAUUAAAUCUUGAAGAUAGUGCAAUUAUUGCUAUUGCUAAUAAUUGUAAGAACCUAAAAAGUUUAGGUGUCCGAGGUUGCACGGAUCUUACUGAGACAGGUCUCGUUGCUUUAACAAACUUGGAAAAUUUAGAAAAACUAGAUGUAAGCUAUCUUGAUAAAAUUACAGACAGCUUCCUUAUCAAAUUAAAAGGCUUAAAAGAAUUGAGUUGUUCUUAUUGCCAGGAACUUACUAAUGCUGGUAUUAUACAAUUUAUAAAUAAUAAUCCAGAUCUUGAAAUUCUUGAUGUCCGCUAUAUUAAUUACAUGACAUUUGACAAUUAA